AUGGCCUUGGAUGAGCUGGACGGAAGACAAAGUGGCUUGCCUGUCUCGACAAGUCCGAAGGCGCAUAUAAAGAUAGAACCUCCGCCAGCGGUGGAAGAAGGAUUUCGCAAUUCCAUUAACAUCAAUGCACCCGGGCCCAUAUUGAAAGGCGAGCGAGAUUUUUCCAGACGAAGCGUAAAGGAUUCAUCAGACGCAUACGACCAACAUCUUCUUUCCAAGAUAGGCAAACCGCUUUCUCCCCGACAAUCAAUUAGCCUUGGUAACGAUACCAAGGCCUCACUGUCGACGCUGCCCAUUCCCCCGAGAAAUUUUGGGGGGUUGCCAUCUCCUGGGGGUUCCGAUGGACCAACGCUCGACGUGCGAUGGCCAAGCAACUCUCAGUCUGGUGCAGUCUCUCCUGGUACCAAGGUCGGUUGGAGAGAUUAUCUCGGCUACCGAAGCCCCAGUGUUGAGAGUAGCGCCCCUUCUUCAGCGGUGGAGUACGACCACUCGGCCUUUCUGCGUGACGUAUAUCGGCGCCGGGGAGGUGGCACAACACCACAAAGUGAAGAAACUCUUAGCUUACCAAGUCGAUCAAACCGCGGAAGCUAUGACCAAGGCGUUUUUUCGGAUAUCGAAGGUGAUUUUUCCACCGAUGAGUCGUUGCCCUCACGAUAUUUCAACCUCCGUGAAGCAACGCCACCCUAUCUGGACGCUUCGAAGUCAGGUAUUAAGAGGAGAGCCUCCUCACCACCGCGCGAGCCAGUGAAAGACGAUAGACAUGCGCCCCAUAUUACCACAAGCAAUGGCGAUCUUUCUCAGCGAAGAACAUCUGGACAUCCGUAUACCAACACCCUUUCGGUCAAUGGUGGUUAUACACAAAGCCACGGAAGUUUGUCUGCCGCAUCAUCAUUAAGUUUGAGGACUUCAGGGACGUAUUCGUCAGCGGCCAUGUCCAUCGGAGGAAGCAGUAUGACGAGCAUGUCGACAUUUGAUCGUCCUUCCCCUGGGGGCCUGUCGCCAAAUUCUGAUUUCGACGCUCUCCAUGACAAAUCGCCAAUCAGUUCAACUUCUCCCGGAGGACUAGCUAGUCAGCAAAGUGUGAGGAACGCACAAGUCCCUAACGCAUCCGAACUACGAAACGCAGAUAGCACGAAAAAAUUGCAGACUACCCUUAGUGUGCCAAAAUCAGCAGCGCCUAAGAUGGCUGGACUGUAUAUCUGUGACUGUUGUCCGAAGAAACCUAAAAAGUUCGACAGUCCUGCUGAACUACGUGCACAUGAGAUGGAGAAGCAAUAUUCUUGCCAGUUCUGCAAUAAUCGGUUCAAGAAUAAAAACGAGGCUGAACGUCAUCAGAACUCUCUUCACUUGCGGCGUCAUUCCUGGUCGUGCGCCGCCUUGCCAGGGUAUCAAGCUGCUUUCCACCCUUCGACUUCCCCAACCGCGCAAACAAAGUCGGGUCCUUCUCACGAUGCUUGUGGCUACUGCGGCGAGGAGUUUCCAAACUUUCCGCAGCCCGAUUGGGAUCGCAGGUUUGAACAUCUUACCUCAGUGCACAAGUUCGGGGAGUGCAACAACGGAAAGAAAUUCUACCGUGCGGAUCAUUUUCGACAGCAUCUGAAGCACAGCCACGCGGGUACAAGUGGUAAAUGGACCAACGUCUUGGAAAACGCGUGCAUGAAGGAAGAAGCGCCUCCGGAACCCACAAACACCACACACGGCAGUGGAGCAGGCUCUGCUGCGCCAGCAACGACGGGGUCGCUCACGUCAAAUAAGAUUAAUGAGGUUCUGAGCCCGUGCUGA